AUGGACAUGGAUAUGGACACUUCUCCUAGCUACUUCGACCCUGAGGUCCUCAGUGUUAGAGAUCAAUUCCGGCGUUAUCGGAAGAGACACUCUACAUCGCCACAUGAGGAAAUCUUGAGUUCAAAUGUCAGCGAGAACAGAUUACUGUAUGAUGGGCAUUACAUCCAUAGUCCAACAAAUACAGCUUUGCUGCUUGAAAACAUUAAAGAGGAGGUUGACAACUUUCACACUGAUCAUUUCGAAGAAACAACUGCAAACCCGCUCUCUGCUUCUAGGAGGGAAAGUGCUGGAAUUCUGGAUGCUGAUAAUGAGGAUUUGUUUCGUCGAGUAGAAAGUCAAUCACUGAAGGCUUGCAAGAUUGAGAAUGAUGAGUUAGCGGAGAGUGGAGAUACAACAUUUGCUUUAUUUGCUUCCCUAUUUGAUUCUGCACGUCAAGGACUGAUGCCCAUUCCAAAACUAAUAUUGAAACUUGAGGAGUCAUGCAGGGAUGUUUCACAAUCAAUUAGGUAUGGAUCAGAUAUAAGACAUCGGGUUGUGGAGGAUAAACUUAUGAGACAGAAGUCUCAGCUUUUGCUUGGUGAGGCUGCCUCCUGGUCACUUUUAUGGAACCUAUAUGGAAAAGCUACUGAUGACAUUCCGCAGGAAUUGAUUAUGUCCCCGUCAACAUCUCAUUUGGAGGCUUGUCAGUUUGCUGUAAACAGCCAUACAGCUCAGCUAUGCCUUCGGAUAGUCCUGUGGCUAGAAGAACUAGCUUCAAAAUCACUUGAUUUGGAAAGGAAGGUGCGGGGAUCUCAUGUGGGUACUUAUCUUCCUAACGCUGGAGUGUGGCAUCACACACAAAGAUACCUCAAGAAAACUGGCUCUGGCGCUGACACUGUACACCAUCUGGAUUUUGAUGCUGCAACUCGUGAACAUGCUCGAAUUCUUUCUGAUGACAAUAAACAAGAUGAAUCUCUUCUUGAAGAUGUUUGGACUUUGAUAAGGGCUGGGAGAAUAGAGGAGGCAUGUGAUCUCUGCAGGUCCGCUGGGCAGCCAUGGAGAGCUGCAACUUUGAGCCCUUUUUCUGGGAUGGACAUGUUUCCUUCUGUUGAGGCGCUGAUAAAGAAUGGGAAAAAUAGGACUCUCCAGGCUAUCGAGCUGGAAAGUGGCUUUGGCAAUCAGCUGCGUCUUUGGAAAUGGGCUUCUUACUGUGCAUCAGAGAAAAUUGCAGAGGAGGAUGGUGGCAAACAUGAAGUUGCUGUUUUUGCAACCCAAUGUAGCAACCUGAACCGCAUGUUACCAAUUUGUACUGAUUGGGAGUCAGCUUGCUGGGCGAUGGCAAAAUCAUGGCUUGAUGUUCAGGUUGAUCUAGAACUCGCCCAAUCAAAGCCAGGCUUGACAGAAAGGUUUAAAAGCUGCAUUGAUGAAAGCCCUGAAACUAUGCAAAAUGGUAGUCAGGCUUCAUUUGGGCCAGAAGAUUGGCCCCUCCAUGUUCUAAACCAACAACCCCGUGACCUUCCUGCCCUUCUUCAGAAACUCCAUUCAGGGGAAAUGGUCCACGAAGCUGUUGUGAGGGGAUGCAAAGAGCAGCACCGGCAAAUUCAGAUGAACCUUAUGUUGGGGAAUAUCUCACAUCUUCUUGAUAUCAUAUGGUCAUGGAUAGCACCCUUAGAAGAUGAUCAAAGCAACUUUAGGCCCCACGGCGAUCCUCAUAUGAUAAAGUUCGGUGCUCACUUGGUGCUUGUUCUUAGGUAUUUGCUUGAUGAUGAAAUCAAGGACAGAGAGAAGCUCAGUAAUGUUGGCGAUCUUAUUCUUCAUAUGUAUGCAAUGUUCCUAUUUUCAAAGCAACAUGAAGAACUAGUAGGACUUUAUGCUUCUCACCUUGCUCGUCACCGCUGCAUUGAACUUUUUGUACACAUGAUGGAGCUAAGGAUGCAUAGCAGCGUACAUGUUAAGUACAAAAUCUUCCUUUCUGCUAUGGAAUACUUGCCAUUCUCUCAUGUGGAUGACUCGCAAGGAAAUUUUGAAGAAAUAGUUGACAGGGUUUUGUCAAGAUCCCGAGAAAUCAAACUUGCAAAAUAUGAUCCCUCAGUUGAUGUUGCAGAGCAGCAUCGUCAACAGAGUCUUCAAAAAGCUAUAGCCAUUCAGUGGCUAUGUUUUACACCUCCAUCUACUAUAAAGGAUGUGAAAGAUGUUACUUCCAAAUUACUCCUGCGAUCUUUGAUGCACAGCAACAUACUUUUCCGAGAGUUUGCUUUGAUUGCCAUGUGGAGGGUGCCUGCAACUCCUGUGGGUGCACAUACACUCCUUAGUUUUCUUGCUGAACCUCUGAAGCAACUCUCAGAAAAUCCUGAUACACUCGAGGAUUAUGUUUCCGAGAAUUUGCAAGAGUUCCAAGACUGGAAUGAGUAUUAUUCCUGUGACGCAAAAUAUCGCAACUGGCUCAAAUUCCAAUUAGAGAAUGCUGAAGUCACUGAACUGUCAGAAGAGGAAAAUCAGAAAGCUGUUGUAGCAGCCAAAGAGACUUUGGACUCUUCUUUGUCACUGCUCCUCAGAAAAGGCAAUCCCUGGUUGACAUUUCUCGAAGACCAUGUAUUUGAAUCAGAAGAAUAUAUGUUCCUUGAGUUGCAUGCAACUGCAAUGCUCUGUUUGCCUUCUGGUGAAUGUUUGCGCCCAGAUGCCACUGUUUGUGCGGCAUUGAUGAGUGCGCUUUAUGCUUCUGUCAGUGAGGAAGUUGUUUUAGAGCGACAGUUAAUGGUAAAUGUAUCGAUUUCAUCAAGGGACAGCUACUGCAUUGAGUUAGUGCUCCGGUGUUUAGCAACUGAGGGUGAUGGACUUGGGCCACAUAAUGCAAAUGACGGGGGUAUUUUAAGCGCAGUUACGGCAGCUGGUUUUAAAGGUGAGCUUAGCCGGUUCCAGGCAGGUGUUACUAUGGAUAUAUCCCGCCUAGACGCUUGGUAUUCAAGCAAAGAGGGCUCGCUUGAAACACCUGCAACUUAUAUUGUCCGCGGUCUCUGUAGGAGAUGCUGUCUUCCAGAGCUUGUUCUUCGAUCUAUGCAGGUUUCUGUUUGCCUAAUGGAGUCGGGAAAUCCACCUGAAGAUCGUGAUGACCUGAUCGAGCUCGUAGCUUCUGAUGAAGCUGGUUUUCUCUCUUUAUUCAGUCAGCAACAAUUACAGGAGUUUAUGUUGUUUGAGAGAGAGUAUUGUAUAUCCCAGUUGCAGCUUCAGGAGGAACUUUCAUCAUCUUGA